AGCGCCGCGCGGGCGGGCAUGGAGGAGAGUGGCGAUUCUGAGCCGACCCCGGGCUGUAGUGGUCUGGACUCGGGCGGCGUUCGCGAUGGCGGCGGCGCUCACAAGUGGACKCCGGCGGACGCCUGGAUGAGCACCCACCCGAAGACAGUGAAUGGGAUAAGGGACAUCUUGAAGGCAUCUCAGAAACUACGAGGGAAUCCGGAUUUACCCAUGUCUUUCACUCUGGCCAUCGUGGAGUCUGAUUCUACAAUAGUCUAUUAUAAACUCACUGACGGGUUUAUGCUGCCAGACCCUCAGAAUAUUACCCUUAGAAGAUGACAUCUGUACUUCUCARCACUUUAUUCAUAAAAGAUUGAAUUUGAGACUCAUUUAACUGCUUUAUCUUUUAUCUCGGAGAUAGUCAGAGUCGAUUUAGCUCUUCUCAUUCCAUAAGUUUUCUUUCUGAAGAAUAAAACUUUUUCAGUUAAAAGAAUUUGUAUUGCUUAAAACCAUAGAGUUGUUGUUCUAGAACUCUUAUUAGAGACAGUUUAGUUACAGUUGUACUCAUAUUUAUGCUGAGGAUGUGUUCAGAGGGGUGGAACUGCUGUACCUCUUCGUCACCCACACUCAGCUGCUGCUGCUGGCUCGUCAUUGAAACCACCACCUCUUCCCUUACUCUGCUCUCCCAGGGCCUUCUGACCUCUGUAGCUAGCUUGAGCUGGUACUUCAUGUACAUUGUGAAAUGUGGAGAGUUUAUUUCUGCCUGCUUUUCCAUCUUUUGUAUAAAGUAAAAGAUUUAUUUGA